AUGGUUUGUUGGUCUUUCUACAGUGUGGAUCCUUCUAAUGUGCGGCAUCAGAAAGGCAGUUGUGGUAAAGCACUUGCCGAGCACGAAAAGAAGUUCCAAAAUAACGAGAAAAACAUGGAGCGGUUGUGUCGAUGGAAGAUAGCUCUUAACCAAGCUGCUAACAUUGCUGGCUACCAUUUCAAUAUUGGAUCAGACAUGAAUGAAUAUGAACACACGCUUAUUGGAGAUAUAGUUCAAGUUGUUUCCAAUAAGAUGAAGCGAACUCCUUUACAUGUUGUUGAUUACCCUGUUGGACUCAAGUCUCGAGUAAGUAACGUGAACUCACUUCUGAAUGAGGCUUGUAAUGAUGAAGUUUGCAUGAUUGGGAUUCAUGGAACAGGAGGAAUUGGUAAAUCAACACUUGCUCGAGCAGUUUAUAAUUUUAUUGCUGAUCAAUUUGAGUGUUUAUGUUUCCUGCACAAUGUGAGAGAAAAUUCAGCGAAACAUGGUUUGAAACAUCUCCAAGAGCAACUCCUUUACAAAACAAUCAGAUUGAAAGUGAAGAUAGGAGGUGUCAGUGAAGGAAUUGGAAUCAUUAAAGAACGGCUACGUCGAAAGAAGGUCUUAUUGAUUCUCGAUGACGUUGACGAGUUGAAGCAGCUAAAAUUUUUGGCCGGAGGAUUUGAUUGGUUUGGUCGUAACAGCAGAGUCAUCAUUAUCACUCGAGACAAAAGUUUGUUAACAUGUCAUGGGAUUGAAAGAAUAUAUGAAGUAGAAGGCUUAAAUCAUGGUGAAUCUCUUGAAUUGUUUAAGCAGGUGGCUUUUAAAACUAAGAAAGUUGAUUCAAUUAAUGAUGAUAUUGUCAACCGUGCAAUUAGUUAUGCUUCUGGCCUUCCAUUAGCUAUAGAUGUCAUAGGUUCCAAUUUGGCAGGAACGCCUAUAGCAGAAUGGGAAUCUACAUUAGAUAAAUACAAAAGGAUUCCUCCUGAUGAUAUCCAAAAUAUACUAAAAGUUAGCUUUGAUGGUUUGGAUGAAGAACAGAAAAAUCUCUUUCUAGAUAUUGCAUGUUUCUUUAAAGGGUUUCAUUUGGGACAAAUUCGUGCUAAUUACGAUCAUUGCAUGAAACAUGAUGUUGGAGUGUUGGUUGAUAAAUCUCUCAUAAAGAUUCAUCAAUUUGGUGAUGUGAUA